AUGUCGCCCUAUGACGUGAAGAAUGUGGUCCGAGACGAGAUGUUGAUCUGGCUCUCUUUGAUUCUAAGUAUUGCAACCAGUGAUGCACAGCAGACCUGUGAAGACCUAACCAUUAUUGUAGCUGACGGCACUUUUGUCUUUCUAUUGAUGAUGUUGUCUUUCCAAGCAACACGGCUGUUUCUACUUUUUGCAGUAUGUGUGAAAGUGCUUAAAGAUGCGAUGAGCAAGGUUCCGGAAGCAGAAAAGUCGAAGCCUGACUUCAUUGCUAAGGCAAUUCGUGAACAUUGCGAGAGUAGUAAACUCAAGGAUCACAAAUUUUGCUUCUAUAUCGGAGCUUUGCCGGAGUCUGCAACCUCGAUGAUGGUAGACGUUACAAAACCUUUGUCAUGGUCCAUGCCACCAGAGAAAGUUUGUGAGAAAUUGAAAGCGAAGGACGCCCAGAUUUGUGAGCUCAAGUAUGGUGAGUGUUUUAGCAAUUACAAUUAG